CAAAAGCCAAGCAAGACAAGCAAUGGAACAAGACCAUUUUGUCAAAAGUGCUGAUGGCUGCAAUGCUUACCGAUUGGAUCGUUUACGGUGCUGUCUCAGCUCGAGCUGCUCGCCGACUCACCGGCCGAUUCCACCAUGGCAUUGCCAGAGGGCCUCGACUCGGAUAGGCUCGUGGACGAUCUUCGACAAGCAGCGGUUCGGCGGCAGCGCUCGGGCCCGUUGCAGGUCUUUUUGUGCCACUUUGUGUCUUGCUGCUCUGUUAUUUGGUGCGUUUCUUUUCAGCAGGGUAAGUUCCGCAACCAAACUGCAGGUAAAGCACCUGCUGGACAUCCAGGAGAAGCUGCAAGACAAGUUGCAGGUGCCACGUGCGAAGUCCUUUUUGCAAGACAUUUUGCAAACUCUAAAUCCAGAAAUGAACCCAGGUGGCUACCGGAUUUGCCAAGAUGAGAUGGCACGCAUAGGAGGUGCUCAGGUCCUGAUCCAGACCGUGGCCAGUCAGAAUGAUUUGUUGAGAAGCUUGGCCUUGGAAGCGUUAGCACGAAUGAUGUUUGGGAAUGUGGGAGUUGCUGAAGCAGUGAUGCAGAAGCACGACUUACUUCCUACUCUCAGGACGGUGUUCAUUGAUGGCUCCAUACCUGAGCGGCUCACCGCUUUUCAACUGGCUCAGGUCAUGGCGGCGUCCGAGUUGCUUGAUGGGGAAUGUGCAAUUGCUCUAAUGCAAGAGGCUAAGUUUCUGUUGCAGGAGAAUUUUGGCUUUCCAGCGCUCUCGCAUGCAGCUCUUGAUGUCUUCGUUUCCAUGUCUUUUACGCAUCCCACAGAGGUGAUUGGAAGCCUUGGCUGGCCCCAGAUCAAGCAGCUGCUUCAUGACCAGGAGGACCCCUUGCAGGGCUUUUGUUGCGGCUUGCUGGCUUCAAAUUGCUUGAGCAGCAUGCCUGUUGAUUCAGACACAGCCGAACUGCGCCAGAGCCUAGCAGCAGGGCCCUUCCUGCAGAGCUAUGUCGAAUGCCUCGAAGCUUCCUUGAAGAGGUGUGACUGGCCAGAGAGCUCCAAGGCCUUUCACUCGCCCAGACGGCUCGCUCUCGUUGCGGGCCACCUGGCCACCCAAGGCUUCCACCGCCACUUGCUCCCAGCUGUGCCGUUGCUGGUGCAAGCAGUAGAGUCCUUCAGCGACGCAGUUCCUGCCCUUCUGAUUGCCCUGCGAGCUCUGGCAGCAGACCCACAGUGUUUGCGCUCGCUUUUGGACGAGGAAGUCUUUCGGCAAAGCUUGGAUUCCUUUCACCGUGCGGGUGAUGCUGCUUCCACGGAUCUGUUGAGCUACAUGGAGAUGGUGGAGAGUGCUUUCGCUGCGGGAGAAGCAGCCAAACUCGCACAAACGCAUGAGAACCCGCAAGCGCCCACGGUCCUUGAACUGGCUGAAGUCUUCAGUCGACUGUGCCCACUGGACGGUAAGCUGGACAGCCACCAGUUGCCAGAUCUUUGCGCUCAAGUGCCCUUAGCACCUUUGGACCGAGUGAGAAGCUCCCUACACUGUGACCUCACACUGCAAGCAUUCCUGGAGCAUGUCUAUGGAACUCCCACCAUUCUGGGCUGGUGGCCGAGCCUCAUGGAGGAGGCCGCAAGCCAUAUCUCUGGAAGCGGCCUUGCCCUGAGCGACCUGUGUCGCGUUUUUGAGAUGGUCGCCAAGCGGGGAAGUGUGGAGCUGCAGGACUUGCACGAUGUGGUGCUGCCUGCCUUGGAGCUUCCUACGGAAGGAGAGGUGGUCGAGGAGAAGUUUGCGGAGCUUCAUGGGAGUGCGCCGUUGACCUUCCGCACGUUUGCCAAGUGGCUAGCUGACCUGAACAUCAAGUUGCAGGCGGCCAGUGAAGAGAGCCACAAUUAGACCAUGAGCUCGCAGGCCCACACUCUUUGGGCUCGUUGAAGCAUUGUAAAGCACUGUUGGUGAAUAUUUUUGUGCCAUACUUCUUGGCCAAAGGCCAGGCAGAAUGGUGCCCUUGGCCAGCCGUUUGUGACGUGUACAGUGGCCACAUGGCUGUCCUGUUUUGAUCCUUGCAUAUGCUUGCCAUCGGAUGAUACAUGAUCACAACAUAUAAGAACUCUCGAAGUAGCUGCAGCAAGACUGUCAGGAUAGCAGCAGUCCUAACAGUCCUGACAUUUCUCUCAUUUCAGCCAGUUCUGACACAAGUUUGUGCCCAGGUUUAUGUGUCCAGACCUUCUGGCAAGCCAUUGGGCAUCAGGCCCAAGCCUGCUGAGUUUGGACUCGAUGGGAUGCUUUGAGACGACUCUCGGUGCCUCGAGUAGAUGCCUAGUUGAGUGCUGACAACUUCCGCCAAUGUGUGGAGGGACCCCCCGCUGCGCAAAGAUCCGCAGCUUGAUUCAUUCUCUCGAA